UUUAGGAAAAUACAACGAAUAACCACUUUGUUUCCAAAGUAUUGUUUGAAAACAGUAGCUAAAAGCCAAUAGUAAAAAUGAAAAUUAUUAUCCUCUUCUUCGCCGUAUUACUGCUUCUGUCAGGAAUCCUUGGAGCGGAAGCAAAUGAACGCGAAGAUCGCCGUAUGAGACGCGAUCGUAAUUCUGAACGCCGUGAGCGACGCGAGGACUCACACCGUGACCGACGCGAGGACUCACACCGUGAGCGACGUGACGAGUCACGCCGUGAGCGACGUGAAUUGCCCGAUCCCCGUCGUUUUAGGCGCGAAUUAAACGAGGAAUAAUUUUCCUCACAAGGAGAAUAACUACCGCUUCUACAAUACAAGAGAGUUAUGCUGAGGCGUAUAU